UUAGGACAAUUUUUGUUUUCUUACUUACCAAACACAAGACAACAAGUACAAAAAUCUUUUUUUACAUGAAACAUGUUCCGUGGAACAUACUAAACAUACCCUAAGUAUUUGACUAUGACUUAAUUAUCAAUUUUGUGAUAUAUAGGAUGUAUUUGGGUACAUAUAUUACUUUUUCUACGUGUUUAAGUCUAUAGGCAUACAUGGGGUUUAAGUGUUCAUUAAUUCUCUGCGGCAACUAUCAACAGGAUAAUGUGUUCCAGUACUGCUAAAGGUGCAGAGAAGCUUUCAAGACUAGUAAGCUAGUAGGGAUGCGGCUCCGCAGUACCAAGUCUGAGAGUUUCCAAUAAUGAUCUUGCAAGUCUGGGAGCAACUUGAUGCAUGACCUCUGUCACUGGCGGAGCCAGGAUUUUUGCUAUGGGGAUUCAAAAAUAUAAAAAAGUAAACACACGAAGAAGCUAAGAGAUUCAAUAUCUACUAUAUAUAUAUACAUAAAAAAUAAUUUUAGCCUUGUAUAUACAGUGUAAUUUUUCACCGAAGGGCCUCGGUCCAACCUAGCUCCGCCCCUGACCUCGGUGAUUAGAUCUCCAUUCGGAGUGCUCUAACCCGGAGACCUUUGAUGACAGAGAGGAAUGAAUUGCCAUGCCAUUCAUACAUUCGGAGGUUCAGUAUUUGCUUUCUUCAAUUGAAAUUUAUUUGACAGGCCGUUCAAUAAUCAGAAAAAGGCUCAUUAUCCAAUUGUUUAAUUACUUUGUAAUCAGUUAGAUGGGCUUGUUUCUUCCUUUGUUGGUUAAAAAGGGGGUUUAAGUUCAACUGUUGGAUAUAGUGAUAUCUUUUUUUUUUCUUUUUCUUUUUCUGAAGUUCAACUUUCAAGGUUUACCCGUUAAUGGAAAUGAUGUUAAUAUUUAGGAGCGGCAGAGCGGGUCAGAUCGGAUAUGGGCAUGUCAAAAAUGAGUUAAACAAAAACGGAUAAAAUAUCCGAACUGCCCAUAUUUAACAUGGAUAAAAAAUGGGUUAACCAAUGGAUCCUGGUUUCAGGAAUAGUCAAGUGAGAACACAAGGUAAAAGCCAAAAUAAGUUUGGACUCCGAGAAAACAACAACUCAUGGAAAACAACAAGCAGACAAAAGUUAUGGAUAAUAUGGAUAUCCAUUUUAUAGGAGAUACUGUUGAUUGCUGGUUGUGGUUUAUGGUGGCUGUGAAUUGUGAUGAUGCAAGAUUUAUUUGGUGUUGCUGCUAUAUGUUGCAACUUGCACGCUGUCGAACAUUUAAGUGGAACUGUAGCUCCACCAUUGGUCACUCUGUUGUUUAAAUCUCAGUGGAUAUUUUUAACGUUAUUUAUCUAUACUGCUGCUGCUAGUAUGUUGCACUUGAUUGAAGUUGGCCGCUCUGUUGUUUAAAUAUUAGUGGUAUCUUUUACUUUAUUUAUUUUUGCCGAGUAUUGGGUGACUUUAUGUGCUUUUGAGUAUCAGGACAAAAGAAAGCUAUAUUUUUCACUUCCCUAUUGGUAUUUUCCCAGCCCUUAUCCUUCUACUUUCCAAGCAAAAGAUUCCCUGAUGGACAUUACCAAACUAAAGAGCCAAAUUGGAGCCCACGAGUCUUUCUUCAAUCAUUCCACCCUCCACCUUUCUUGUUUGCUGAUUGAAAAAAAAAAAAAAAAGUAUUACUCCCUCCACCAUUAGAAAGAACAUCAAGUUCAUUAAAGUAAAGGAAGCGAUGGUCGGCUUUGAGAGGGGACUGAAAUGCUGAUAGAGCAACUUGUGACAGGGCCUCGGGAAUUAGAUGUGAUCUCAAUUUUUGGAAUGCCAGGACUAGGAAAAACAACUUUGGCUAAGAAAUUGUAUGACCAUGAAGCAAUUUCCAAUCGCUUUGAUAUUCACUUGUGGUGUUGUUCUUCCCAAUCUUAUGAUAAUAGAGCUCUCUUGUUUAAAUUAUUGGGUCAUAUUUGUGAGUUUGAUGAUAGGACCAAAAAAAUGAGUAAUGAUGAACUAGCUGAGAAGCUCUACAAAAGUUCGAAGGGAAAGAGGUACCUUAUUGUUGUGGAUGACGUGUGGAGUUCUGAGGCAUGGGAUGAUAUAAAGAAACCUUUUCCAGAUGAUGAUAAAGGAAGUAGGAUUAUUUUGACUACGAGACUUGAAUCGAUCGCCACAUAUGCCAUGAUCUCUUCGACUCCUCAUCACCUUCGUUUGUUCACUGAAGAAGAAAGUUGGAUGCUAAUGAAGGAGAAGGUAUUCAAAGAAGACAACUAUUGUCCUCAAGAAAUCGAGGAGAUUGGUAAGCAAAUAGCAAGAAAGUGUGGAGGAUUACCCCUUGCAGUUGUAUUGGUAGCUGGUCUUCUUGCAAAACAUGAUCAUAAGAAAGUAAUUUACUGGCAAGACGUCGCUGAAAGUUUGAAGUCAAAAAUGCAAGGUUGCAUGGAUAUAAUUGAAUCGAGUUACCAACACCUGCCCAUUCAUUUGCAAAAAUGCUUUCUCUAUUUUGCUUCAGUUCUAGAGGACCAGAAAGUUCCUGUUCAAAACUGAUACGAUUAUGGAUCGCCGAAAAUUUUGUUGAAGCCGGAUCGAAGAGCUUAGAGAUGGUUGCAAUGGAUUACUUGAUGGAUUUAAUUAGGAGCAACCUAGUGAUGGUUGCUAAAAUAAAUUUCUCAGGGGAGAUCAAAGCCGUCCAUAUUCAUGAUUUAAUGCACGAGUUUAUCUUGGUGAAAGCUAAAAAUGUCAACUUUUUGCUGAGGAUAAAUGAUGGUGGUACAUUAUCACUUGCUUCUGAGGCUCGAUGUAAACGUGUGAAUAUUUUAGCACCUUGUCAAGUGCUUCUUGGAGAUAGAUUUUGUUUUGGACGAAAUAUCAACACCUUACGAUUCCUUCCCAAUGUAAAUUCUCCAUUUGUUGAUUAUGAUUUGACUAAAUCCAGGGAACAUCUGAGAGUAUUAGAUUUGGGUUCUGUAAGGCUGCAUCAGACACUUGUAGAUGCAUUACAGUUUCUGAUUCAUUUGAAGUACUUACAACUGAGGAUUUAUUUUCUUGAAAUUCCACGCUCAAUAUGCAACCUGAAGGAGUUAGAAACGUUUAUAGUGACUGGAGAAUACAAUCAUAUCAAUAUUCCAAAUACCAUUUGGGAUAUCACAAGCUUGAGGCUUUUGCAUAUAAGUCCUCUAUAUAUCAUUCGUGGAGAAUUAGAGGAUCUUCACAACUUACAAACCUGUUCUGAUCUGGUUAUUUUUCCUGGGAUGGACUAUCAGAGGUUCAUGAAAAGAUUUCACAAUCUUCUAAAGCUCAAUUGCUUAUUAUCUGGUUCAGGGACAACUCUAAGAUAUUUCUUUCCUUCUUUUGACUCUCUCAUACAACUCGAAUCUCUCAAGAUUGGUGUCUCUACGGCAGUGGUAGAUGUUGGGUCUCACAUAGUCGUGAUGUAAGCGCUUACCUCAUCUUAGUCGUGAUGUAAGCGCUUACCUCAUCUUAGUCGUGAUGUAAGCGCUUACCUCAUGAUAGUCGUGAUAUAAGCGCUUACCUCAUCAUAGGAAAUUCAUUCCUAUAAAUAGGUAGCUUAUGGUUCAUUUGUAAGACAUUAAGAUCAUUUGCUAAACACAUCCCAAAGAGAGAAAAAAAUCUAAGAGAAAUACUCUUAGUGAAAAGCCUAAGUAAGAGAAGGUCUUUGAGAGAAUUUCCUGUGGUAAAAUGCUUGAGUGUAAUUGGGAUUUGGGUUGUGAGGUUGAGUGUUGUAAACACUUGUAAUAUUUCUUCUUUAAUAAGAUCUGCAGCAGCAACGUGGACGUAGCUCUCACAUUGAGGGUGAACCACUAUAAAUCUGUGUGUGUUAUUUAUUCUUCGCUUACAUCACGGCGUAAGUAGGUUCUGUCUAAGGAGGUUGGUAUUUAAGUGGUCCAGCUGUGACCCUCCAAUCUUUCCUGGGAACCUGCUUACAAAGGUCGGAUUUGGGAUUAAAAUCCUAACAGUAGAUCCCUAUGGUUUCGAAGACUUUACAUACCCCUCAAACCUCAAGAAAUUAACUUUGGCGCGUCUUGAACUCCCUUGGAGUAAGAUUUCAAACAUUAGCCGAUUAUCCAACCUUGAAGUUCUAAAACUAGAAGGUUAUGCCUUCAUAGGCAGGCGAUGGGAUGUUAAGGACGGGGAGUUUCCUAACCUUAGAGUUUUGAAAUUAAAGAAUCUAGGAUUCUUAGAAUGGACUGCCUCUGAUGACUCUUAUCAAAGUCUUCAGCAAGUACUGGUGCAAAGUUGUUUGAACCUAGAGGAAAUCCCUGAAAGUUUUGGAAGCAAGUGUACAAUGCAAGUGAUUGAGGUAAGAUCAUGUCGCUACUCGUUUGUAAGUGCUGUCCUAAAAAUUAAGGAAAUGCAAGUUGAGGAGAUGGGGAAUUCCGAAUUCAAGGUCAUUAUUUGUAAGUGAAAGGCAACAGUCUUGAUCGUAAGGGUUGCUUUGUUAGGUAGCCUUGUCUUAUGUUCUUGAUUAGAAGUGUAUGCUGCACUCAGUAUACAAGGCCCUCCUGUAAUUGGCUUGAUCUCAGAGUUCAAUUCCUACCAGUAGAUUGUCUAACAGAAGAGUUUUCCUUGUCAGACAACCUCAUCAAGUUUCCUUAAUUUCAAAAGUUUUAAGGUUAGGAUGGAAAUGUACACUCUGCUUUGAUGUGCAAAGGUAAGGUGAACAUGUACUAUCCUAUUACCUUACUCCCAAUAUUUAGAAGUAAAUAAGUUAAAAUUUUCGCAUUUCUUGUACUGACCAUGUUAUUCAUGAAAACACUGCAGGAAAAAAAGUUGGAUCUGAGGAUGAAUAAUGGGACAUGCACAAUUUUUUUGGUUUUGAUUGUAUAUACAUGUGACUUGCUCAAUGUGUAUACAUUUGGGUUGUUAGUAUUUUAUGUUCUGUUCAACAAUCCUUUUAGGUGUGUUAUGUGUAGUAUAUUUGAGUUUUUGUUUUGCAUAUACAUAAUAAGUUGAAAAUAUUUGAAUAAGCUAGAUGAACGUUGUUGGAAUAUCAGUGGAUUAGACAAACCAUUUCAUGGUCCCGUUAAACUGAAUCUUGAAUGCUCCUUACAAGUAGCUCAUUCUUAUAGUAUGUUGUACUGCUCUGUUAAUUCUAAUGUAUGAGCAAA